UACACUACAUUUUUAAGAAGUCGGUUAUAUAUACCAAUAUUCUUUUUAAAUAAAGUAGAAUGUAGUAGAAAUAGUAGAAUUUUCUAUAAAAUAUGAAACUUGAUAUAUUUUUGUGAUAGUCUAUUUUUUAAGACAUAAUAAUUAUAUAGUUGAUCACAAAGAAUUUUAAAAUGACAGUUACUCCAGGAUUCACUAACAUGUUUAAAGGAACUUUACCCCAAAUAUCAGCAGUAUUAGCAGGUACUCUAUGUGCUUUAAGCGAUGGAAUGCAUUAUGGUUGGACUGCUCCUGCAAUUCCAAUACUAAUGAGUCCUGGCUCUCCAAUACCUAUCACAAAACAUCAAGGUGAAUGGCUGGAAAAUGUGUAUGUAAUUGGUGCUGCAAUUGGACUUUGGCCAACAAUGUAUGCCGUAGAUAAAAUAGGUCGAAAAAAAUCUAUUUUAUUGGCAUGCUUUGUAUCUGCUUUGGUUUGGAUUACAAUUGCUCUGGCACCAAGCGUGGAAUAUAUAUUUGUGGCAAGAGGAUUCGCUGGAGCAGCUGGAAAUAUGGCUUUCGUAGCAACUCCAAUGUAUAUUGCUGAAAUAGCUGAUCAAAAAAUAAGAGGCUUUUUAAGUAGUUUAAUUUAUCUUAUGAUGCUUUGUGGAAUUCUUUUAAUCUAUUGUAUUGCUCCAUUUUUUCCUAUCUAUGUACCUUGCAUUUUAGGAGCAGUGAUGGUCUCUAUAGAACUUAUAUGGUUUUCGUUGGUGCCUAAUAGUCCUUAUUAUUUGAUAAUUAAAAAUCAAAUAGAAGCUGCCCGACAUUCUCUAAAGAGAUUAAGACAGAACGAUUCUGGCGUAGAGGAAGAGCUCAAACAAAUUAAAUUAGCUGUGGAUCGACAAAGAACUGAAAGAGCACGAUUUUUAGAUUUGUUUCUUAUAGCAAGCAAUAGAAAAGCAUUACUUAUAAUGGUAGUUCUUAAUUACGCUCAACAUUUUAGCAGCGUCAGUGUGCUGCUAAUGAAUAUGCAUAUUAUUUUAGAGCAAGCAGGGUCUAUCUAUAUGGAUCCUCAUACAACAGCAAUCGUAUUUUCACUAAUUAUGUUAAUAGCUGCCUUGACAGGAUCUUUAAUAAUAGACAAAUUUGGAAGAAAGAUCUUAAUUAUCAGUUCUGGCAUUUCAACAGCAUUUUGCUUAUUAACGAUAGCUAUUUAUUUUACUCUGAAAAAUUACGGAUUUAACACAACUAGAUUCAGCUGGAUUCCAAUUGCGUGUGUGAUGGUAUAUGCUUUCACUUUUAAGUUUGGCUUAGGUAUGGUUCCCAUAGUUAUAACAGCAGAAAUAUUUCCUACCACAGUAAAGGCUUAUGGCAUGGCUUUGGCAGAUGGAUCAUAUGUUACUGCAUCUCUAUUAUCGCUACAAGUGUAUCAGAGGCUUACUGAUUCAUUUGGAUUGCAAUACCCAUUUUAUAUCUUUACUGCGUGCUGCUUUUCUACAAUAUUUUUUACAUACUUUGUAAUUCCUGAAACAAAAGGAAAAACAUUAGACGAAAUCCAACUGAUAUUAAAAGGAGAAUUUAAUAAAAGUAAAUCAGAAAAAGUCUAGAAAACAUAUUAUUAUUAUUUAAUAUAUUUUUUAAACCCGAGUAUUAUAUUUCUUAUGCAUUUAGGAUUAAUAUGGUAAAAUUCAAAUAUAAUUAUGAACUUAAUAUAAAUACAUUUUUGAUUUGAAAGUUUGUCUGUGAUAUCAGUUUCUUAAAAUAAAUUUAGUAAAAGAAUGUCAAUCUAGAAUUAACUCUUUAUUUUUUCUUAUAAAUUGAAAAUCUUCCCGAUUUUUAUUUACUCAAAUAUUAAACCAAAUAUACAGAGAGGGGCAAAAUAAUGGAAUAAAUUCAUUUUUUCGAAAAUAGACGAUAUUGGAGACAAAUCCCGAAACAUAUCGAGUUUUAUUUUUAAAGUAUGACUUUUUUUUAAAACCGUGUUAAAAAUGCAAUUUUCAGCACUCCAUAGGAGCGUUAAAAAUGCUACUUUAAAGGCACUAGUGCUUUAAAAAUUUUAAGGCAUUGCAGUUAAAAGUGAAUUGUCAAAUUGUGAAACGUCAAAUUAUUUAUAUUUCAUUUAUAAACAUUAAUAUAUUAAUAGUACAACUUGCGCCAUUUAAAAAAGGUGGUCUAAAAGGUUUUUCAAAAUUUAAUUUAAACUGUAUUAUUGCAUUUUUAACACGUUUGUAGAAAAAACAAGUUUAAGUAAGGGUAUAUUAUUUUCGCUAAGAAUUUUUAAAAAUUCCUCUCGAGUGUAAAUGUUUCAGCAACUAACAAAAAUAUUGUAUUUUAUAAAUUUAUAACAUUUGUAGAAAAAAUAUUGUAUAAUAUACGUGUUAAAAAGUACAUUAUUAAGGCACUCAUGUGAAUUGCAGAAUUCGCUUCGCUCAUUCUGCUUUCACAACUUUCACAUGCGUGCCUUAAAAUUUUACUUUUAACACUUAUAUCAUAAAUAACUAUUAUUAAACUAAACCUGUUUUAAAAAUCAUGUUAAUUUUUUGUCUAUCAUCUUGUGAAAUAUACUCGUAUUUUUAAUUAUUAUAAUAAACUACCUAACACAAA